UGAUACGCUGCUCACCGAUACGCUGUGGAAGCUGGCGCGCAAGACGGGCACACUAAAUCUGACCAACAAGGGCAUGGCACGAGGUGUCGUGGUGUCGGCAGAGCAAAUGCGUCGCUGGAACUCCAUGAAGCCGAAGGUCGAAGCACGUUCGGAUGCUAUCGAUGUUAGAUACAUGGAUAGCAGCGCCUUAUGGUUUCUCUAUAUGUAGAUGCGAAUGCCAGCGUUUGUCAGCGAGAUCUCGAACUUGCCCCUGGCUGGCCAUAGAAGGCGCCGUGCAUAUUACACGCCCCACUGGGCAGCCGGGUGACGCAAUCUCGAGCAAUACUUGUAUUUGUUGGCCACCGUUGUUUAGUUUGUGCGCGGCGCUCGUUGGCUAUAGAAGUGUCGCUAGUGUACGAAAAAUAUCCUUCAAGAUUGCGUCCUCGAGGCAAACACGCAAGCAGCUGACGUCGUUUUGUAUGUGUGGUCCGCAUCCGCGACGACGACGCUACUAUCAGAUACGGGAAUUUCAAAUGGCUUCGUCCGCCGAUGAGCUGGAGAGCGAGGAUCCCGAUGAUGAGAUCGAACUGGAUGAUCCAGCGCCACAGCAGCCCAAUCAAGAUGCCAGCACAGCCGCCGCCGCCGCCAUGCCCGAACGUUUGUUUAACAUCAACGAGGCCGAUGCGGACACCAAGAAACGCACUCUGGAGCAGUUAUCCAUUAACGAGGAGGACGCCUGGUGGAAUCAGGUGCCCCUCAACAAUCUGGACUUGAGCUCGAACGCCUUGACGCACAUUUCGCCCAAAAUCGAGAAUCUGUUAACGCUCACCGUACUCCAGCUGCAUGACAAUGCUCUGGUCGAGCUGCCGCCGCAGAUUGGCAAGCUGGAGAAGCUGGUGCGCCUGAAUCUUAGCCACAAUAAGCUAAAGGAAUUGCCGCCCGACCUCUACAGCUUGCCAGAGCUGCGGCAUCUGAACAUAUCGCAUAACGAGUUCGAGGAGCUCAAUCCGGACAUUAGCAAUUUGCACAUGCUGGAGUUUCUGGAUGCUGGGAACAAUAACAUAAACAGUUUGCCAGGUGGCAUAGGGUUUCUGGUGCGUCUAACGGCUCUGCUGCUGGCCAAUAAUCACAUCAAGGAGCUGCCGCCCGAUAUUGUCUAUAUGCGCUCUCUUCAAAAGCUGGAUCUCAUGAAAAACGAUCUGGUCGCCCUGCCCGAGGACAUGGGCCUGUUGCGCAAGCUGCAAUUCCUCUAUGUCCAGCACAAUGACAUCAAGGAGCUGCCCAACUUCGAGGGCAACGAAAUGCUCAGCGAACUCCACGCCAGCAAUAACUAUAUCGAUCACGUGCCCAAGGAGCUAUGCGAGAAUUUGCCUCAUUUGAAGAUCUUGGAUUUGCGAGACAACAAAAUCACCCAGCUGCCCGAUGAGGUGUGCCUGUUGCGCAAUCUGAAUCGCCUGGAUAUCACAAACAAUUCCAUCAGCGUGCUGCCCGUCACGCUGUCCACGCUGGCCCACCUGAUCAGCCUACAGGUGGACGGCAAUCCCAUCAAGACCAUACGACGCGACAUUCUGCAAUGCGGCACAGCGCGCAUCCUGAAAACUCUGCACGAUCGCGCCCAGGCCAAGGAGCGAGCGGAUGGCGGUGCCGAGGACUUGCCAUGCAGCAGUUCCGCUGCGGGUAGUCAACUGCCCAUGCAACAGCAGCAGCAGCAACAGCUGCCUGCCAACAUGACCGACAACAGCUAUCAGCAGCCCAACUGCGCACAGUCGCCAUUCAUGCGCUGCCAUUGCGGAUGUCAAUGCCAGCAUUUUAUGCAGCACCAGCAGCAGCACCUGCUGCAACAGCAGCCGGAGCAGCAGUAUGCCUUAUACUAUCAAGAAUUACCAGAGAAAUAUGAGCAGGAACAGCAACAGCAACAUCAACCUCAACAUMAGCAGCAGCAGCUAAAUCAGCUUCAAUUUGGUCAAGCUAAUCAAUAUGCGUCACAGCCACAAAUGAUUUAUCGGAACAGCCAUGGUGGCCAUUAUAUGCCCGGUUACUCAGGCAUGCCCGUAUCGCAACUGGACGCAUUUAAUCCGUACAACCGUUGUGUUGUGCAACCACGUUGGGUAUACAAACUGCGACAUACACGCACCUUAGCUGUGAAUUUGGAAGGCCUUACUGAUGUGCCCGCCCACGUGUUCGAGCUGGCCAGCGAGGAGAAGGUGCAUGUGGUGGACUUUGCGCGCAAUCACCUAAGUACCCUGCCCAAAGGUUUGCAGCACAUGUCCGAUCUGGUAACGGAGCUGGUCCUCUCGCACAACGUCAUUAACAACGUGCCACCUUUUAUAUCGCAAUUCACGCGCAUAACAUUUCUAAAUUUGUCCAACAAUUUGAUCAAGGACUUGCCGUCCGAGUUUGGGCUGCUCAACACGCUGCGUGAGCUGAACAUUGCCAACAAUCGCUUUGAGGCCCUGCCUAAUGCCUUGUAUGAGCUGCAGGGUCUGGAGAUUCUGAUAGCCAGCGAUAAUCAAAUUAAGGCCAUUAAUGUGGCUGGAUUGCAGAAUUUGCCACGCCUAAGCACGCUCGAUUUGCGCAAUAAUAAUAUUGAAUAUGUACCGCCUACACUGGGAAAUUUAACAAAUAUUACUCACUUGGAGCUGGUGGGCAAUCCAUUCCGUCAGCCGCGCCAUCAGAUUCUAAUGAAGGGCACAGACUCUAUAAUGUCCUAUCUACGUGAUCGUAUACCCACUUGAAGGGAGCACAGUAACAACAACAGCAACAACA